GGUUUUGUUUGGGGUCGACGGUGCUUGUGUUGUGAUAUAUUCUUAAGUUUAUUAGUUACAAUUGUGUUGUCCGCAUCUUUAGGGUGGGAAAAAGUCAACGCAGGUGGUGAUGGCAAGACUUCCAGAAAGUACUUUUGAACUUUUAAAGUGUCCUCAUUUGAGUGUUUUACGGUACAAGAGUAGGGUGUAAUGGGAGCUUUCGUUCAUUCAACUUUGGUGACAACACAACCGACGGCUUUCUUUUUUUUUUUUUUUUUACGUUAGCCUUAAUAAAUUCAAAUAACGCGGCCACUGGUGCAGCCAGGCACCUUCAAACUAACCCACUGUAGCUAAAUGACGGUUUGGCGGCCGGUCCCGCCGGGUGAAGCCGGUCCAUUCAUCAUUUCGUACUACGUGCUCGCCUCCGGCGGGACGCACGCGACGGGAGUCGUUCAUUCGUACAGUUUCUGGACAAACCACGUGACUGUAACCAUGGCGACCGUGUUCUUCUAACAUUAACAAACAUAUUUUUAUUUCGCUAACUGUACCCAUAUCGCUCGUCUAACAUGGCCACCGCCUUCCCCCAAAACCCACCAAAUUAUUUUUUUUAUUAACCUAAAGCGAACGUCCCUGUGGGAGCUUAGUUAGUCACAUGGUUCCAGCAGUUUUGUCCGCGUAUUCUUCCCCGUUCAGCUUCUUUCAAAUCUGGGUCAGUAGAGCAGUGGAGCAGCGCUGCCUCCACCGAGCAGCAGAGGGAGGUAGUCGUUCCCCCGCUGCUCCUCCUCAACCGAGCCAAGAGCCGCUGCAGUGACGGGAGCUAUCGAAACUUUCUGAAGCAUGCGGCACGACAUUAGCUCCAAAAGUACUUAAAACAAAAAGAUCCCGCUGCAGAGGAAGAAGGUCCAAGCCAAGCAGCCUCUUCGCUGGCAGCUGGUGAGCUGCCAAGGAAACGAAAGGGAGAUGUGGAGAGGCAAAGCCUCGACUUCCAAAUGGAUGAAGACCUCAGCAGAUCUGAAGGAGAGGAUCAGCAGGUGAAAAUGAAAUGCUUCAGGGAGCCUCACAGCCAAAUUGAGAAGCGGCGAAGGGAUAAAAUGAACAAUCUCAUUGACGAGUUGUCUGCAAUGAUCCCUGCCUGUCAGCCCAUGGCUCGAAAACUUGACAAGCUCACUGUGCUACGGAAAGCUGUGCAACACCUGAAAGCCCUCAAAGCUGGGACAAGCAGCGCCUUUACAGACACCACAUACAAGCCUCCCAUCCUGCCUCAUGAUGACCUCAGGCAUCUUCUGCUCAGGGCUGCAGAUGGUUUCCUGUUAGUUGUAAGUUGUGACCGGGCGAAAAUCCUGUUCAUCUCCGAGUCGGUUUCCAAGAUCCUCAACUUUAGCCGGGUGGAGCUGACUGGGCAGAGCUUGUUUGAUUUCAUCCACCACAAAGACAUCAACAAGGUGAAGGAACAGCUGGCCUCUUCAGAGUUGUACCCUCGCCAACGCCUCAUUGAUGCUGCAACUGGGGUUCAGGUCCCGGCGGAUAACCCCGUCAGGCUGUCCCACAUGACCACUGGAGCCAGGAGAUCUUUCUUCUGCCGGAUGAAGCACAGCCGGGUGGUGGGGAAGCACGAAGACAAACACUCACUGCCCAGUACUUCCAAAAAGAAAGACACAUACAGAUACUGUACCCUCCACUGCACUGGAUACAUGCGCAGUUGGCCGAGCAGCCAGCUGGACUCAGAUGGUGACACUGAGAAGGAAACCUCAAACCUGACCUGCUUGGUGACGGUGUGCCGCCUCCUCCCUCACGUGUCCCACCAGCCUUCCAAAGACGUCAACGUCAAGCCCGCUGAGUUCAUGACCCGCUGCGCCAUUGACGGCAAGUUCAUUUUUGUAGACCAGCGAGCUACGACAGUUAUAGGUUAUUUGCCACAGGAAGUUCUUGGCACGUCGUGUUAUGAGUACUUCCACCAGGAUGACCUGCAGCACCUCGCAGAAAAACACAGGCAAGUUCUUCGAAGCAAAGAGAAAAUUGAGACGCCAUGCUACAAGUUCAAGACAAAAUAUGGCUCCUACAUUUCACUCCAAAGCCAGUGGUUUAGUUUCACAAAUCCAUGGACCAAAGAAGUUGAGUUUAUUGUGUCUUUAAACAGGGUGCUCUCCAGGGGGCCUGGUCACACAAAAAAUGAGGAAGCAGGCAGCUCGAAAGCACUUCAAGAAGACACAAAACAAAUACCCAUAAUUCCCGGCCUUACCAGUGGUGUUGGCACAAUGAUCUACGCAGGCAGCAUAGGGACCCAAAUUGCAAAUGAGCUCAUUGACUCUUGCAGGAUGAACUCCCCUUCAUCAAGCGGAGCUUCCAGUCCGUUUGGUCUGGCCCAGGAGAAAUGUUUACUGAUUUCCCCACAAACCAGCAAGAGCGCGUCCAGCAAAGAGGAGGCAUCAGGCAGUUCAUCACAGUCCCAGUCUGAUUCGGGGACAGCAGCGGGCCCUAGCAGUGCAGCUUCUCAAAGUACAGGUGAGCCGUCCCAGCUGGACUUGGACAGCAUGGUGGUGCCAGGUCUGAGCGGCUUUAGCAGCGAUGAGGCAGCCAUGGCAGUCAUCAUGAGCUUGCUGGAGACUGAUGUUAACAUGGGUCAGUCGGGGGACUUUGAGGACUUACACUGGCCUUUCUAGAGGACUCUCACAAGCUCCUGUGCCGUUUUCUUGCCAUUUGCCCAGAAUGUGGAUGUUUAGCUCUGUGACUGACAGAUGAUCUGCCAGAGCACAUUUGAAUCCACUGGACUCAUACCAAAGGCCACAAGACUUGAGGAUGCCUGACAGAUUAAGUCCAUCUGAAUUAUUAUGACUCUGAUUACAUUGGUGGUUCUCUCCUGAAUGAAAGCGUCCCUGGAACCUGUGGUGAUUCAGUGUCUUCCUCAGUGACACUUCAGCAUUCUCAGAGGGGCUAAAAAACAGACUCUCCACAGCAGAACUCUGUGAGUGACCAAUGUCUGGAGGAGAAUCAGACUCCUGCCAUGUGCAGUGCUGCUAGAGAAACUCCUCGAAACUUUGUGACAUCUGCGAAACCUUUUGGUACUGAUAACUUUGUUCUGUUUUUUAAAAGAUCCCCUCCAGAUACAUUUAAAGUUGUGUAAAGAAUACUCUGCUGUGUUAUGUGUUAUAAGGUCCAUCCCUUCUUCACUUUAUUGAGAACUGUAGACUAAUGCAAAUAUGGAGGUGUCCCAGUCCCUGGACCACACCCACAACCACUACUGGCCCAGUUACACUCUGAUUUUGCCAGAAUGCUGCAACCAUCUGGCCAAUCAAAUCUCAUUAAGAAUCAUCAUAUGAUUAGAACACAUAAACCCAGUCUAACAGUACAUUCAGAACUGAUUAUUAAAUAAUUAUUUGAAUGUAAAUAAUGUCCAACAUUUUUUUGACACCACCAGGACAAAAUUUUCGAUUUGACAGCUACUAAUGCUAUCGAAAACUACAAAGGAAAUAAUUUACAUGGAAAAAAGCUUUACUGUGGGACCUUUUUUAAUAAAAUAAAUACUUGAAUAUUAACUCCUAUUUACAGGUUUGGUCCCAGGAUACACAGUUGGCAUGGAAACAGGCUCCACAUUCAGCUUAAUAGCUCAACUCAGGUUCAUUUAAUAUUCCUCAGUAGUAGUUCCUAAAUAGAAGGAAGCUAACGCAGACGUACAUCUUUAGUUUCAAAAGUUUAACCACUCAGUUUAACAUUUAGCAAAAGUUUUUUCUGUGUAUAUGCUGAAAGCUCCCACUUUGCACUAGUGUUAUUUGGAUCAUAACUUAACUACCAGCCGUGAUGUCACAAAUCACGCUCGUCUGUCUCAAAUUAAGAGAAACCUUCUAGUUUAGCAGAGGAAUGUGAGCCUGCAAGGUGAAAACCACAUCAGUUAAGUCCAAGAAGUAUCCAUACAAUUAUUUAAAUAAAAAUUAAUUUUACCGUUAUAGACAGGAGGGGGUGUUAACAUGGUGUGUUUCUCUUCAUAAAUCUUGUAAAGUGUCUGUUUUCAUAUUGAAUGUGCACUAAAGGACUGAGCCCUAGUAUGCCUAUACUGUGUGUUCACAUAUCACAUUUACUGUACUCCAGACAGUUCUGUGAAGGUAAUCUACUGCGCACUGAACCCCUGGAAAAAUAUGGAAGGUCCACCAUGGAUGGAAAAAAUGUUUUUCAGUGUUAACAAGGAACAGAUUUUUUCUUACUGUUGUGUCAGGUCGUAUAGCUCCCUUCCUCGUUCGCCUUCCUGUCAGCUGCAGUACCACAGUACAGAAAUUAUUAGCUAUAGUAUUUGUGUUGCUAGAAAGGCAGUAAUGUUGCAGUUAUUUUUUUUAAUUAUUAUUAUUUUUUUUUAUAUAUUUUUGAAUAUCCAAUGACCACAACUUAACGUCUUUGAAAAGGUAACUCCACCACACCAUAUUCUGGAUCAAUUUAGUUGUUUGGUAGCUUUUUGUACUUUUGUACAAGGAGAAACUGGAUACAUUUACAAAGCAAAACAUGAUGGUGGUGAUUUAAAAGAACUUUAAACUUCUAAAUCAACCAGUUAAAGCCAGUUACCUGGGGCUGGCAGGCUGACCUAAAAGGGUUGCAUUUGAUCACAGAAUAACCCUAAAAUGUACUAUAGACUCAUAUUAACGGUGUACAAGUAUGUGAGGGUGGAUUUUACUUUUGAACUCAGUGACUGGCCUUCAUACAGCACACGUGGACUCUGGUUAUAUCACUGGUUCCUCUAAUCUUGAAAGUAUUUGAUUGUGUUGCCUUGAACACAUGUUGUUUCUGACAAGGUUCAUUGUAAAUCAACUGUUAUGUGCUCCCUUUGGCUUUAAAAGAAGAAGAAAAAACAGACAGUAUUUUCUGUUGCCAUCAGUGCCAUUUGAAAUGGGCACUUAAGCAUAGUGAACAUGCCCUGCUCUGAAAAAAAUGUCAAAUGAUAUUUCUAUGUGCGAGCUGUUGAAUUGUUGAUGUAUCUGCUGUAACAAGGAAUGACGAUUGAAGUCUUUGAAAGUAAAAAAAAAAAGUUUUAUAAAUGGUUUGAAUUCUAUUUUUCUUUCAUUAUGGGUAUCCGUAUGCAGGAAUGCUUUGCAAGUCCUCAUUUUAAUUUUAAUUGAUCAAGGUGGAAUGGUGGAUUUAUCUAAUUCUGAAGAAGUUGUCCUCACAAUAGUAACUCAAAUUUCAUAAAUCAGUUUACAAAGAACUGUCUAAACACAAGCAUACUGCUGCUCUGUAUCUCAAAGAGAAGAAGUCAGUGUCCUCAUAACAAUCUAAGACUAACACUGUCCUACAGUGACCCCUAGAAAUAUGCUUGACCCUGUAUAACCUCCAUAUGUGGCAUGCUUGAAUAGAAGAUUCACACUGCCUUAUAAUAAAAUACUUGUCAGUCAUCUGGGCAACCUAAUUGUAGAUUAAUUAAAAGCAAGCAUGUGAUUGAUUACACAAAUCAUCAAUCAUUCAAUCAAUCAAUCAAUGCAACUUUAUUUGUACAAAAAAAAAGUAACACAAAGUGCUUUACAUUAAAAAAAAAGCAAACACCCACAGGCCAACCUCCACCCCCCAGCCCCAAUUCUCCACCCCUGACCCU